UAAGUUGUUUUGUAAGCCUCGAUUUGGUGCUCCACGUACAAUAUCUUUAAACAAAAUGGCCGUCAGUUGUAGACGAAAGCAAACCGAGGCUUUGAAGCGUAUGCUGAAUUUGAAUGAACCUGUAACAAAACAGCAAGUGAAAGAGCCAGUAUGGAAGGUACUUGUAUAUGACAGAUUUGGGCAAGACAUUAUAUCACCAUUACUAACAGUGAAAGAACUCAGGGAGCAGGGAAUAACAUUGCAUUUGCAAUUACAUUCAGAUAGAGAUGCUAUUCCAGAAGCCCCUGCAAUUUAUUUUGUAUUCCCGACUGAUGAGAAUAUUCAAAGAAUAUCUCAGGAUCUAAAGAAUAAUCUCUAUGAAACCUACUUUUUCAACUUCAUAUCAGCAAUAUCAAGGCACAAACUUGAAGAUCUUGCCACAUCAGCUUUGCAAUAUAACUGUGCAUCUCGAAUAAAUAAGGUUUUUGAUCAGUACCUCAAUUUCAUUUCACUGGAAGAGGAUCUUUUCACUGUGAAACAUCAUGAUAGAGAUAGCAUUUCUUACUAUGCACUUAAUCGUUCUGACGCAAGAGACACUGAUAUAGAAGCAAUCAAAGAUACACUGGUAGACUGCUUGUUCUCAUUUCUUGUUACAUUGGGUGCUGUGCCAGUUAUCAGAUGCCCCAAAGGAAACGCUGCUGAAAUGGUAGCAGAGGGUCUAGAUAAGAAAAUACGGGAAAACCUUAGAGACAGAAACAGCCUCUUCACUACAGAUAUACAAUCCGGAAGUUUCAGCUUCCACCGGCCAGUCUUGAUCAUUCUUGAUCGAAAUAUCGACCUUUGCACGCCAUUACAUCAUACAUGGACAUACCAAGCGCUAUGCCAUGACAUAUUUGAUUUGAAGUUAAAUCGAGUGGUCGUUUCGGAGCCAGUCCCAAUUUCCCCAGAAAAUUCUCUCCAGAAAAAGAAAGAAAAGAAAUAUGAUUUAGCUUCAAGUGACAAAUUCUGGUCGCAGCACAAACUUAGUCCAUUUCCAAAUGUUGCCGAGUCAAUUCAAAAAGAACUCGAUGAUUAUCGGUCUUCAGAGGAAGAAGUGAAAAAACUAAAAAAUGUCAUGGGUGUCACUCCCGAAGAAGAAGAGUUAAUGGAGAAUUACUGGACUGACAAUACUGCUAAACUAACUUCAGCCGUGAGCUCACUCCCGGAAUUGCUUGAAAAGAAACGAUUGAUUGAUAUGCACACCAAUAUUGCCACUGCGAUGCUUGAACAUAUCAAGGCUAGAAAGUUAGACAUUUACUUUGAAAGUGAGGAGAAGACAAUGAGUAAAUCCUCAACGGACAAAUCCGUGAUGGAAAUCAUUCAAGAUCCUGAGGCUGGAACUUGUGACGAUAAGCUGAGACUGUUUAUCAUCUAUUACAUAUCUUCGCCCACUUUAUCAAAUGACGAAUUCCAACAGUACAUGACAGCGCUUACCCAAGCUGGCUGCGAUGAAGAUCGCCUGGCUGCUGUUGAGUACAUUCGAAAAUGGAAAGCCUUUGCGAAAGUUGCAUCAGGUCCAAUUCAGACUGGCAGCGGGCAGAGCACUUACAGCGCCAUGUUUUCUCGAAUCAUGAGCACAGGAUCUCAGUUCGUGAUGGAAGGUGUCAAAAGCUUGGUAGUUGGCAACAAGAACUUACCUAUUACACGAAUAGUUGAUUCGAUCAUGGAGCAAAAAUCAAGUCAGGAAACAGAAGAUUACAGGUAUUUUGAUCCGAAAAUGCUACGUGUUUCUGACAGCUCUACCAUACCACGGAACAAGACUCCCUUUAACGAAGCAAUCGUUUUCAUGGUUGGUGGUGGAAACUAUAUUGAAUAUGCUAAUUUAUUAAAUUAUGAAAAGCGACAAAAUUCGUCACCAAAGAAGAUUAUUUAUGGAUGUAGUGAACUACUGAAUGCAACGCAGUUUCUCACGCAGCUUUCACAUUUGGGGGAAGAAUAACACGAGAACACGAGAAAUCAAGCACAAGACGAAAAUUCCCUAAAACUCAAAAUUCACCGUCUGAAAAAUCAAAUUUAUGCCCUCCACAUAAGAAUGUCCCCCAUUUCCUUUAAAUUUUCUAUUUCAUAUUCAUCAGAAUUUUAAACCGAGUUUUAUAACAAAAUCGCCGUGAAUCUGUUGGCCAACGUCUCACAAUCAAAGCGUAUUAUAACUGAUGGUGAACAUAGAAAUAUAAUUCCUUAAAACUUGAAAGCUUCGAAACUUGGAACGAAAAAAAUUUAGAAAAGAAUAGUGAAUUUUGAUGCAAAAUUUGAACGCCUGUUUCUCCUUUUCCCUAAAAAAUUUCCUUGAUUUCAGUUUUGAUGGAAGCAGAGAUCUUUUAUAUGUCUUAUGUAUGGAAUGAAAAUGCUGUGCAGCCAUUUUCAUGCUCUUUUUGAAUUUUUUUGCUUGUUGGAUCCAAUGCUUUUAUAUCCGUUAUAUGGUAACCCAAAAAGCACCCUGGUACACCCAAUUUCUUUAUUCUGAGUACGGUAAAUGUUUCCCAGUAUAGUUAAAGAUAAUUAGUCAAUUUAUCAGAGUAUUGCUUAGUUAAAAGAAUCAUUUACUGAAAUAACAAAUAAAGAAAAGAG